AUGGUCGUUCGGACGCGCGCGCGCGCCGCGGGGCACGUGUACGAACAUCGUCAGCGGGAUACGCACGUAUCUAAUGGCCCUUUCACCGAACAAAGAGGUCCAUUUAGAGGACGCGCGGGCGACGCGCGCGCGCGCGAGAUGAACGGCGAGGACCCCCGCGGCGGUGGCGGGGGAAGAACGUCCGUCCCCGGACGGAUCUCGUUCGACGACCCGGAGGAGCUCCCGCCGCCGUCGCGCGAGCGACGGAGCCUGCGGAGUUCCGCCGGCCUCGGGGACGCGUCCGCGGAGGAGGAUUCGCCACCGAAUUUUAGAAAUCGCAGCGGACGCUCGUCCGCGACGGACAGCGGCGCGACGAGCGGCGAUGACGGCGACGUCGUCGCGCCGGUGAACCGCCACAGGCGCCCGGUGAGGCAUAAGUCCUUCGGGCACAUGCUCCAGGGGAUGCAGAAGCACGGGACCGCGCAGGCGGGGGAGAGAUACCGCCAGACGCGGAAGAAACUGAGCGCGUCGCAGUUCCGCAGCGAGAAGACGCUGUCGACGGGCGCGGACGAGAGCGACGAGUCCUCGAGAGGGUCGAGAGCGAGGCGCUCGAAGGCGUCGAAUAUCCCGCUGAACCCGCUGUACGUGUGGUCGAACCCCGAAGACGAGCCGGACGGGAUCCCGAGAGCGCUCGGGCUUCGAGCCGUGGACCCGAGGGCGUCGAAUUGGACAAAGUUCAAGCGUUGGUUCGACACCGCGCACGUGUUAGACUUCGAGAGCGAGUUCAACCGGAACUGGGACGUCCUCACCGCCGUGAUGCUCGUCUUCGUCGCGAUCGUGACGCCGUUCGAGCUCGGGUUCUUAGAGACGGAGGUGAGGACCGCCGGGGGGAUCUUUUUGUUCACGCUGAACCGAAUCGUCGACUUCGUCUUCUUUCUGGACAUCAUCGUGAGCUGCUCGACCGCGUACGUGGACAAGCGAGGGACGAAGAUAUUCUCGCGCUUCAUGAUCAUGAAGAACUACGCCAAAUCGUGGAUGGCGGUCGACGUCGUAUCGAUCGCGCCCAUGGACACCGUGAACGUGAUUUUGGAAUCGCAGGGAAAGAGCGGGACGGAUAACCUGAAGGCGAUUCGGUUCGUGCGUCUGCUGAGGCUGCUGAAGAUGCUGCGCAUCCUGCGCGGGCUCCGGAUCUUCAAGCGCUGGAAGUCCCGCCUCGCGAUCAACUACGCCGUCUUGUCGUUGCAGAAGUACUUUCUCACCCUCGUCCUCGCCUCGCACUGGCUCGGGUGCACGCUCAUGCUCGUGCACAGCAUCUUGAAGGACGACUGCGCGGACGUCGCCGACGACAUGACGAAGUGCACGUUUCUGUACGCGUACGACGACGGAUCUAUGGUCACCGCGGGCGUCGGCCCACAGUACGGGUUCUCGCUCUACUUCGCGACCGGGACGAUCAUGGGGAUGCCGCUCGGGGACGUUUCGCCGGUUCGCGACGAGGAGCGGACGUAUUUCAUCUUUUGCCAAACCGUCGCGGGUCUCGUGAACGCGUACUUGCUCGGCGGGAUGGUGUCUUCGAUCGCGGCGCUGCAGGCGAGAAACCAGACGUUCUACAACGCGAUGGAUAACCUGAACCGGUUCUUGAAAGAGAAGCGGUUGACCGCGAAGAACCCUCGUCUGUGCGAGCGCCUGCGGUCGUACUACAUCUUCCGGCACCGCGAAAACGACGGCGACGGGUGGAAGGACAUCGUGAACCGAACGUCUCGAGAGAUGCAAGGCGAGGUCGUCCAGGAGUUACACAACGAGUGGCUCUCGAACGUUACGUACUUCCACGGCGUCGACGUGGACGGCGUCCCGUGGGCCGUGGACGAGGACUUCAAGCUGAAUCUCUCGCUCACGAUGUCAAUCGACAUCGUCGCGCCGCUAGAAGCCGUGUUCAAAGAAGACUCCCCGAUCGACAAGCUGUACGUCAUCCAGCAGGGCCUCGUCG